AUGCCAAAUUUAAACACGAGUGAGACACCGGUUUCGCCUACUACUAAGACUGGUUCUCAAAGUCAUUCGAUUGGGGAAGACACAUUGUUCCAAGCCAUGUUGAAGGUAUUGGAGAGGGUCGCUAGACCCGGUUCUGGAUCUCGGGGCCGUGGGUCGGUAACUGAGCGACUCCGGUCUAAUGGAGCUAAAUUGUUUAGAGGUGUCACUAGAGUCGCCUCUACUGUGGCCGAGUAUUUGUUGGAGGCCACUGAGAGAAUUAUGAAUGAUAUUGACUGUACUCCUAAGCAGAAACUUAAGGGUGCAGUUUCUUUGCUUCGUGACAAGGGGAAGUAUGUGGGUGUGAGCUAUGUAGAUGCUCGUAAGUGUAAGUUCAUGAAUCUCACGCAAGGUGAUAGAUCCGUGGUCGAGUAUGAGGUCGAGUUUUUGAGGUUGAGCCACUACACUCGAGGCAUGGUGGCGUCUAAAUAUGAGAAAUGCGUCCGUUUUGAGGACGGCUUGAGAGAUAAUUUGAUGGUAUUGAUUGCUCCACAGAGGGAGCGAGAGUUCACUGUUCUGGUUGGUAAGGCGAAGAUCGCCGAGAAAGUUAAGCACGUGGAGCGCCAAAAUAGGGACCGAGAGAGAGGCAAGAGUAAGAGGGAUUCAAAGACCUCUAGUUCUGUUCAGAGGCCUAAGGAACAGGCCAGACCUGAUGGGCCUAUUAGAGUGGGGGUUCCUAUUGCUCCUAAUGGGAUUCAGCCUUGCGGGGGUUGUGGUAGGCGCCAUCCGGAUGAGUGUUGGAGGAGGUUAGGGACUUGUUUGAUGUGUGGAUCCUUGGAGCAUCAUAUUAGAGAGUGUCCACAGCAGGCUGAUUAG